AAAAAAAAAAAAAAACGGAAGGCUGCGUGACUGCGACGCUAGUUACGCGACCUUAGAGCUGGUCUUAGGGUUUCUGCAAAAUUUGGCCGCCGAGAGGCAGAGGGUCGAUCGAUCCCAAGAAUGGCGAAUGAGAAAGAGAAAGAGCACGAGUUGCAACUGUAUAACAGCAUGACGAAGCAGAAGGAAAUUUUCAAACCGAAAGUCGCCGGCAAGGUCGGAAUGUACGUCUGCGGCGUCACUGCCUACGACUACAGCCACAUCGGCCACGCUCGCGCCUACGUCGCCUUCGAUGUGCUCUACAGGUAUCUGCUGCACUUAGGCUAUGAUGUCAACUAUGUAAGGAAUUUCACUGAUGUUGAUGACAAGAUCAUUCGCAGAGCAAAUGAACUUGGGGAGGAUCCAUUAGUUUUGAGUGGCCGGUAUUGCCAAGAAUAUCUUGAUGAUAUGGUUGAUCUUCAGUGCCUUCCUCCUACGCAUCAGCCACGUGUAUCUGAACACAUGGACCAAAUCAGGAAUAUGAUAGCACAGAUUAUCAGUAAUGGUCGUGCCUAUGAAGUGGAUGGGGAUGUGUACUUUUCUGUUGAUGGAUUCCCGAAUUAUGGCCAGUUGUCUGGGCGGAAGCUGGAGGACAAUAGAGCUGGUGAACGGGUUGCUGUUGAUACAAGGAAAAAAAAUCCUGCUGACUUUGCAUUGUGGAAGGCUGCAAAGCCUGAUGAGCCAAGCUGGGACAGCCCUUGGGGUCCUGGAAGACCUGGAUGGCAUAUAGAAUGCAGUGCUAUGAGUGCCCAUUAUCUUACCCAUUCAUUUGACAUUCAUGGUGGUGGAAUGGAUUUAAUCUUCCCGCACCACGAGAAUGAACUUGCCCAAAGCUGUGCUGCCUGCUCAGAGAGCCAUGUGAGUUACUGGGUGCAUAAUGGGUUUGUCACGGCAAAUGAUGAGAAAAUGUCAAAAUCGCUUGGGAAUUUUUUCACUAUUCGUGAGGUCACCAAACUGUACCAUCCCUUGGCCUUGAGGCAUUUUUUGAUGGGCACACACUACAGAUCUCCUGUCAACUACUCAAUUUCUCAGAUAGAAAUUGCAUCAGAGGCCAUUUUCUACAUAUAUCAGACCUUGCAAGAUUGUAAUGAAGCCAUAUCACGAUUUCAAGAUCAAAACCUGAAGGGUGCUGAACCAAAUGGCAAGUUACCAGGAAUUACCCCUUCUGCAAAAGACUGCAUUGGUAAACUACGUAGUGAUUUUGAAACAAGGCUGUCCGAUGAUUUGCACACACCUUCUAUAUUGAAUGCGUCUCUUCAGGAGGCCUUGAGAUUCAUCAACAGUUCCACGAACCAGCUGAAGAAGAAGCAACAGAGGAAACAACAAUUAUCCGUGGUUCAGUCCCUCAUUGAACUAGAGGAAGUCAUCAGGGAGGUGUUGAGUGUCCUUGGGUUGUUGUCUGCGUUAACUUACUCUGAGGUUUUGCAGCAAUUGAAAGAUAAAGCAUUAAAGAGAGCAGAGUUGAAAGAAGAUGACAUCUUACGUUUAAUUGAAGAAAGAGCAUUGGCAAGAAAGAACAAAGAUUUCAAUAGGGGCGAUGUGAUAAGGAGCGACCUUGCCGCCAAAGGCAUCGCUUUAAUGGACGUGGGCAACCAAACAAUGUGGAGGCCAUCCAUACCACCUGUUCAAGAAGAGCAACCCGUCCAGAAAGAGCAGCCUUCUGGGCCUGGUAAACAAGACCAAGCUGCGCCGCCUGUUUCAACUUGAUGGUAGCCCAUUCCAUUUUGCCCCCAUUUAUAUGAUACAUAAGUUAUCUUAACCAUUAGAAAUUAUAAAUGAUGGGAUGUGUCAUGUAUACAACAAUUGAAGGUGUAGCAUUUGAAACUUACAACCACCCUCGCUGGUUUUGAAACAACCCUUGGGUUGGGAUUUGUCAGUUGGCCAUGGGCCAGCAAAUACAAUGACGAAGCUGAAAAAUAAUGUUUCAUUGUUAAUCUUAUAGGUCUUGAGUAGCAAAGAGAUUGGUCGAUGGAAUAGUGGUACCAACACCUGAGCAUCCAGGAACUGAAUUUUUGACUAACUUUGCAGUUAUUUGUGA